CCGCUCCUGUCAAAAUACAACAGACGGGUUCAGUUAGCGACGCUGUGCGUGUGGAGCUAAUCUUUGGCUACUUUUCCGUUGUAUUUUGGGCUUCACCGAUCACAUUAUUCACCAGGAGGCAGCCGAAUACCACUCAGACCCAUGGUGGUGGGUGCGGCGCUUAUGGAGCCAUCCACCAAGCCUGUGGCCAACCAGGUGGCCGACGUGGUGUUUGUCAUCGAAGGCACAGCAAAUCUUGGACCCUACUUUGACUCUCUUCGAAAAAAUUACAUACUGCCUGCCAUUGAGUAUUUCAAUGGUGGCCCCCCAGCAGAAACAGAUUUUGGUGGCGAUUACGGAGGCACACAGUAUGGCCUGGUGGUGUUCAACACAGUGGACUGUGCGCCCGAAUCGUACGUGCAGUGCCACGCUCCGACCAGCUCCGCCUUCGAGUUUGUCUCUUGGAUCGACAGCAUCCAGUUCAUGGGAGGUGGAGCAGAGAGCUGCAGUCUGAUUGCUGAGGGACUCUCUGUGGCCUUGCAGCUCUUCGACGACUUUAAGAAGAUGAGGGAGCAAAUAGGUCAGACCCACAAGGUGUGUGUGCUGCUGUGCAACUCUCCUCCGUACCUGCUUCCUGCCGUGGAGAGCGUCAGCUACACCGGCUGCACGGCAGACAACUUGGUCAAGAUCAUCAGAGAUAAAGGAAUCCACUUCUCCGUGGUGGCUCCCCGGAAGCUGCCGGCUCUAAGGGCUCUGUAUGAGAGGGCGUCCCCAGUCGGAGGGGCGGGUGAACCCCAUCCGGACUACAGUCAGGACCCCUUCCACAUGGUCCUGGUCAGAGGCAUCGCACUUCCUAUUUCUUCAGGUGGAGGCCCCGGGCCGCUCAAGCCUGUCCUCCCUCCUCAGCCGCUGCCUGUCAGCCAGCCUCUUGGUGUGGCUUCACAGGCCCCCCCACCCAUCAGCACAGCCCACGCUUAUCAGAACCCACCCUCGAUGACUGCUGCUCAGGCGGCGGCACAGAUGGCCGUGGAGGCAGCCAACAACCAGAAGAGUCGAUUCCCAAUGGUCAACCAGGGUCCUCCGUUCAGCGGCCAGCCCUCCCUCCCCUCUGUCGCCGGGGUGAAGCUGGCCCCGUCCGGCCAGCCCAGCUUAUCAACGGUCACCACGACGACGCCUCCCAUGAUGUCACAGCAGCAAGUCCCUCCCAAUCAGCAGCAGCAGCAAGUCCCGCCCCCAGGACAGCCUGCGCCCAAUCAGCAGCAGCAAGCACCACCUCAGCAGCAGGCCACAGCCAAUCAGCAGGCGGCGUCUUCAGCACAGCCUGGCAUGCCCGGUGUCUCUGGUGCUCAGGGCAACGCCAAUCCGAUUGGACAGCCGCAGGGAGUGGCCAAUAAGAUUGUAGCAUGGAGUGGCGUCCUGGAGUGGCAAGAGAAGCCUAAAGCCUCGUCUAUGGAUUCAGCCACCAAACUCACUCGCUCUCUGCCGUGUCAGGUGCAGGUCAACCAAGGAGAGAAUCUAAACACAGACCAGUGGCCACAGAAGCUCAUCAUGCAGCUGAUCCCGCAGCAGCUACUGACAACCUUAGGUCACCUCUUCAGAAACUCCAGAAUGGUUCAGUUUCUCUUCACCAACAAAGACGUGGAGUCGCUGAAAGGCCUGUACCGUAUAAUGGCCAAUGGUUUUGCUGGCUGUGUCCACUUCCCCCACACUACCUCCCCCUGUGAAGUGCGGGUGCUGAUGCUGCUCUACUCGUCCAAGAAGAGGAUAUUUAUGGGCCUCAUCCCCAACGACCAGAGCGGCUUCGUCAACGGCAUCCGGCAGGUCAUCACCAACCACAAGCAGGUCCAGCAGCACCGAGCGCUGGGUGGUACGGGCGGUCCGAUGCAACCCGGUCAAGUCCCACCCAGCCAGAACUUCCUCAACAGGCCCGCCGGCCCCAUCCCCGUCUCCCACGGCAACGUCCAGCAGCAGUCUGUGGUGGUGGGCAUGCCCCCUGUUAGUCAGGUCACUAUGAUGGAGGAGCAGCAGAGACAGAGCAACAUGAUGACGAUGAGGGCAGCCGGCCCGGCCAGCCAGCAGCCGCCGGUCAGCGGCGCUCCGCCCAACCAGGUCGCUCAAGGUGGACAAGCCCCGCCCCAGGGGUCCAUGCUCCGCCUCCCGAACCCAGGAGCCAAUCCGCAGCUUCGCAGUCUCCUCCUCAGUCAACAGCAGCCACAGGGCGGCGUGUCUCACAUGCCGGGCAUGAUGCCUCACCAGGGCUUGGGGCAGCAGUUGGUCCACCCGGCGCCAGGAGGGGGGGCUCAAAUGCAGGGCCAGUGGAGGCAGCCGCUGGCAGGUCAGAUGCUGAUGGCCGCAGGUCAGCGAGGGGCGGUGGCCCAGCCCGGGAUGCCGCAGGUCUCCAGCGUCAUGGAGGACGAAAUCCUCAUGGACCUCAUCUGAUAGUUUUUUUUUGUUUGUUUGUUUUGGACUCAGGAAGAAAACGCAUCCUCCACUGUACAUCGUUUUUAGUUCCACCUUGGCAGCCGUUUCGCCCGGUCUGAGCUCCAGCAUCGGGUCCUGUCGCUUUAUUGGUACAAAUGUUCACCAUAAUUAACGAAGGAAUCGUUACUUUUUUUAUAAUUACUGUCGGACUGAGCCGCUGAAAUAAGGUAGUGGCAGACAAUACGAGCAUUAGUUUUCCAUGUACAUGGUCCAACCAGCAAUCCACACACAGACUACACCGCCGACUGCACACUAAUCCUCCGUGUUACACACUUGACCAGGCGGACUCGGUGGAAACACUCCAGUCCAAACUGCAUCGCUGCGCUCCUGGUGGCUCAAUCCACAACACCUGUUUUGCAUUUUAUUGUUGAAACAUGAAAUAUGACUCUUUUUUUUUUUUUUUCUUUUAAUUGAGAUUUUACUUUUCUCGUCAGUUUCCUUU